AUAAAUAUUUUUCGUUUUUGUGUAGAAAAUAAACGUAAGACUAAAAACCACAGCGGAAAUAACAGAACUUCCCACCUUCUAAAUAACCGACCUUCCGCUUCGGCUGCGCCGCCGCCGCCGCCGAUGUAUCCGGCGCUUCUCACCGCACACCCCAAACCUCCGGCGACAGCUCUACCUCUCCGCUCGCUCCUCUCCGCCAGAAAUCACACACGGCUCCUGCUGCAGCGCCGCCGCUGCGCAACACUGAAACCUAAAAUUCAAUGUGCAGCAAUCAGCAAUAAUGGAAUUGGGGGAAAUAAUAGCUGGGAAAAAUGGUUGCCCAAAAAUCUGUUUGCUGCGGAGAAAGUGUUUGGAGCAAUAUCAGGAGCGACGUCGAGCCCCAUUGCGCAGUACAUAUCUUCUCCCACCACUUUCUUGCACAGCGUGGACCCCAGAAUCAAGAUGGCAUGGCUGCUCGCGUUUGUAGUUUUACCAGCGAAGUCUAAUAUGGCGGUGCGUGUGGGAGUGGUAAUCUAUCUAGCAUUGUUGUCCGUGUGGGUUCAGCCGACUGAGGUGUGGAAGGAUCAAUUGGGGAGAGUGACAUUGCUCUGUGGUAUCUUGUUUGUUUUGUUGGGGUUGAGUACUGACAGUGCGCCUUCCCUUCUGCGCUCGAGAAGCCCGCCAUCUUCAGUGACCGGAUUGCCAAACCUUGCCCCGUCUUUUGAAGGUUAUAAAUACGUGAUAAUGAAGUUUGGACCGUUGCAGCUGACCAGUAAAGGCUUGUCAGCUGCUACUACGGCAGCUUGUUUAACAUUCACUAUCUUCCAAAGUGCUAGUCUUUGCUUGACAACCACGACGUCGGAGCAGCUCGCGUUUGCUUUGCAAUGGUUUAUUCUUCCUUUAAAGAAUUGUGGUGUCCCGGUGGCUGAAAUCAUCCUAACCCUCCUACUCUCGUUACGAUUCAUCAGUUUGGUGUUCGAUGAAGUUCGCAACGUGGCCCUGGGAAUCGUAUCGCGUAGAAUCCAAUGGGAGCAGUUAACGACACUCGAGACAGUAGAUGUUUUCUUCACAUACAUUCGACGGAUCUUCAAGAAUAUCUAUAACCACGCGGAGCAGAUAAGCCAGGCAAUGAUCGUUAGGGGUUUCCGUGGAGACUGCAAUUCCUAUCGCGUUUUCUUGUCAGCCGGCUCGUCUACGAAGAUGGCGAACAUCGUCUCUUGCUCUUGCCUCAUCGGCUUCUUCGUAUGUGCUACCACUUUGUCAAGAUUCUAGCUUUGCUGUAACUAUAAUUUUUUCCCCCCCAAAUUGGGAAAUACUUCAUGUUUUGUUUAGAUAUUGAAUUUGGCAGAGAAAAUAAUUUUUUACAAUAGCUGAAUAA